GCGUUUGUUUGUUAUUGGUUUGCAUGUUCAGGAAGUUGUCGUGGAAAUAGUUAUCGUGUUUCCUUUACCGUUACCUAUAGUGGACAAUGAGCAUUAACUGGAUAAAAAUAACUGAUAGAGCUCGAGAGGGUAUAAAAAUUAUAAAUGCCUUGCCUUACAAUACAUUUAGUACCGUGCUUCAAUAUGUACAUCGCCAAAUGAUUACUACUGGAGGUGGUGCAGAUUCCAAGGGCGAGAAUGUUUCAUCCAGUGCCGAGAAUGAAAAUGCUUUGGAAGAAUUGGAACGCCUAGUCGGUGUGCCCCGUCCUGAUUUUUUGUUGUUGAUCAAAACUUUCUCCUAUAUAUUGAGGCGCACCAGCACAUACAUUAUAAAACCUUCGUUGCUUCAAACAGAGCUAAGGGAUAAGUUACAAUUACAAGAUGAAGCAAAAAUCGAUGCCAUUGUGCGACUGUGGGUACGUCAAACUACCCCCAUUAUGAAUAAUUUGGCAAGGGAUUGCUAUGAAUCGAAUGAAAUAGCAGAUGUGGCCUGGAAAUUGAAUGUGGAAAUAUCAUCGCAUUGCCAGCAAAGGGAAAAGACAGCAUUAGCUGUAUUGCAGUUGAAAACUGGUGCUGGCGAGGACAUAAAUAUGGAAAUGAAUCACGAAGAGUUGUUGCAAUUGUAUCAACAAUUUGAGUGCAUACAAAACGAACUAGAUGCCAUGAAUGCACAGCCGAAAAUUGAAACUACAAAGCCAGCACAAAUGUAAACGUUUAGUAUAAAUGAAUGAUGUUUUCCUCAUGACUACAGUAUUAUUUAAGAAAACAUGAUAACUGGAAAUGCUUAUAUGUUGUUAAAUUUUGGAUAUUUAUAAAAAAAAAGUAUAAAAAAUAUAUGUUUGUGAUGUUCACUGGAGUCCCAAAACUAA